AGUAGGCGGUGCUAAACAAACAUGGCGUCAUCCGCGAAACGGCUCGUGGCAAAGAAACGAGUGAAAACGAUGUCUCUGAAAGGGAACGUUGACAACGGGAAGCCAACAAAGACUGUAAACGUGUCUUCUGAGUCGAGCGACGAUGAGGUACCGGAGGAGGUUACGUUUGAGGACUCCAAGGCUCAGGCUCUGCGGAGCAUGAAGCAGGCGCUGGACACGGUCCGAAGAGAGAAGGAGCUGCUGAAGGAGAAGAGGAGGAAAAGGCAGGAGCUGUUCCAGGAGCAGAAGAAAAGAAAGCUCCUACCAGCUGAAGUGUUGGAGGAAAUCGACUCGACUCCUUCAAAGGAGCAGAAACAGUCUGAGAAAGAAGCCGAAGAGGAGGCGGCGAAGGAAGCAGGGGGCAAAAUUGAAAAGAAAAGAAGAAGACCGUCAAAUGUCAGAGACUUUCAGGGGAAGUACACGGUGAUGACGGUGACUAAGCGAGAGGAGUCAUGUUUCCAGCAGCGGGCAGCAGAGGCUUUCCUCCAGUCGCGGCUGUACGGACCGGGAACCUGCAGGGGCACAAAUAACGAGGUUCUCUCCCUCCAGAAUAAGACGGGAAAGAACAAAAGACCAGCUGUUCAGUUUAUUAAGAAAGACUGGGCCUCUAAGGAAAAGAAGAGGUGGAUCCACAAGCGGAAGGUUCCCUCCUGCUGACGAGACGAACGGAGAAUUUGGUUUAUCAGAACCGUGAACUGGGUCAGCGGACGACCUCUACACCAGGCUGUGAGCUCACAGAGCUCUGACUUCCUGAGGACAUCGCAGCCAGUGGUCAGAAACGAGAAGGAAGCAGCUGUUUGGGACGGUGAAGAGACUGAAUGUGAAGAUUUACAGCUAAAUUAAAACCAUUUUCAUUUCCAGAACAGAACCCUUGAAUGAACUGGUUCAAAAUGUUUUUGCUUGAACAGAUCAGGUUUUUUUUUUUUCUUUGAGCAUCUUGUGAAACCAUC